AUGAACAGCGAUACUACUGAGUGCUCGUGGCUGUCAAGAAACAAGUUUCAAGAGCUCCUUGAGCACUACCGGUCAUUGGCAUCACCUACACGACGAACGAAGGUCUUUAUUAAUCAGGAGAUGUAUAAUGACAUCAAAGGCGUAUUGGAGGAUUCCCGUUACUCUCAUCAGCGUGGGAACCGAUUUGGUCCCUGGGUGCGAGAACGUUUCAAGCUAACCGUUUUUGCGAAUGGUAUUACUAUCGUUACUCUUCUUCGUGAUGAAACAAAGAUGAUUGCAGUCGAGGAGCAAUUGUACAAUACAGUCACUCGUGCACAUGAAGAUUGCAGUCAUGGUGGUAGGGAUGCAACUUUGCAUAAGCUUAAGAACUACAUUUAUUGCCCAGACAGGUUUGUCCAACUUGUACUUAACCAUUGCAGCAUUUGUGCAACGACCAAUGCGCCCAACGUUACCCAGCGGGCUGCACAAGCAAUUCAUGCUUCGUCUUUUUUGGAAAUUGUUCAGAUGGAUUUGAUUGACUAUGGUGGAAAUGAGACUCCCGAUGGCCUACCACGCUAUAUCCUCCAUAUCAAGGACCAUCGGUCGAAGUUCUCUUGGGCGUAUUCUCUUUUGCGAAAGGAAUCAAGCGUUGUUGGCAAGAAAUUACAUGACCUUUUUUGUCUUGUUGGCCCUCCAAUCUUUUUACAAAGCGACAACGGCGGCGAGUUUACAGCACAAGCAAUGAAACUCAACGCCUGGGUUAGCAAUCAAAACGCUACCGAGGAAGACCCCAAACAUUGGUCUGAAGGUCUAGGGAUGGUGGUUUAUGCUAUGAACACUUCAAGGACCAGAGUUCUCCGUGAUACCCCGUAUCGCUAUUUGUAUGGCCAAGAUCCUCACCCGGAUGAUACUGUUAACCAAGAAUACAUUGACCGGUCCUUAAAUGGGCAACAUGUGGUGGAUGGCGAAGCUGUUGACGCCAUCCCUGAAAUGGUUGAAGUUUACCAAAGCGGAGAAGGUGAUGACGAAAGCCGUUCUCAGGAUGUUGCAAAUACAAUGCUUUCUUCACAAGAAGAGGAUACAGAGCCGGAGGAUGACGAUGGUGGUGAUGAUGGUAGCCUUGACUCUGGAGAGGAUGACGAUCAUGGUGAUGAUGGCAAUCUUGACUUUGGAGAUGAUGAUGGCAGCAUUGGCUUUGGAGACGAUGAAGGUGGAUCUCAUGCAUCAAAUGAUACCUAUUCAAAUGCCAUUGUUGCCAAUACUGCUACAGAACGUCUGCAGGUGGAGGAAGGUCAUGGUGUUAUUGAUGAGACGAGCUCGAACAGUGAAUCUGGUGACACCGCAACAGCCCCAUUUCUCGAAUUGCGUGGUCCCGGCGGCCGUGGAUUGAUGACCAUACCUAUUGAAGAUGCCGACGGCGUUCGUGGCAUCUAUGACACCAGCUUUAGAUCCAACGUUCGUCAUGCCUACCGAAUUGGUGUCAAUGGUGAACGUGUACCAGUGGAAUUGGAUGACAUUUUGAAUAGUGACGAUGAUCAUGGCAUUGCACCUCCUUCACCUUUAUCAUUGUCAAGCACUGAACCAUUGGCCCGAAAUGAAGAGUUUGAUGGCCACGCAAAUUCCGAGCACUUUACUAGCAAUGAUGAUCAUCAAGAUGGUGGCAGCCUUAGUGAUGUUUCGAUCAAUCGCCAUAGUGCCAUUCGGAAUGCAGCAGCAACACACUACAACAACAACGUAGAAUCCAUUCAACAACAGUAA